CCAGCACGGCUAGGGUGUAAGGGCGCCCCCGCAUGGUGGGGGAUGGGAGUACCUCUACUGGUGCAAGACCAUGUAAUAUUCAUGGGAAAUUGAAACCCACACUGUACAUUUUAAUUAAUGCGUUUCGUAGAAUUAAACCAUUAGAACCAUGUAGAACAUGAUCCCAUAUUCUAUAAAUAGAAAACUACCUCUGAGCACCUUCAGCAAUAUUACCAGCUACUAAUCUUACAACACCUAUAGAGGGCUAAUGCUGGGUAACUUAUUAACAAUGUAAUUACUUAUGUCAGUGUUACGUCUGAGUUGUCAGAAUUCAUUAAUAAGGGUACCCUUCACAUAGCAAAUGAUUAAAUAAAUAUCAGUUAAUGUACAAAUCUGCACCACAGGGUUGGCAGACGUUAGGGUUGAUCCACACUGCUGACAGCGUCCUUGUCCUCAAAGAGAUCACCUGUGUAUUUGAUGUGACAGCGGUUUUUCCAGCUCCAGAUACAGAUGCAGUCUUGCAUCACCCACGGUUAUUGUAUCUUGCACACUAGUCACAGCGGUGGCCUGAUUCAGGAGCAGAUGCCUCUCGGCUGGAGUAGGAUUGACUGUGAUUCAGGCCUUUUGAAGGUGUCUGUGCCUCAGCGAAGGCAAUGCUGUGACUCUCCGUCUCCCUGUGCUCCUCUCCGUCUCCCUCCGCUCAUCUCUGUCUCCCUGCGCUCCUCUCCGUCUCCCUGUGCUCCUCUCCGUCUCCCUCCGCUCUUCUCUGUCUCCCUGCGCUCCUCUCCGUCUCCCUGCGCUCCUCUCCGUUUCCCUGUGCUCCUCUCCUGCCAGCACACCCUCUUCACUGCCAUCCACAAGCACUACAGCCUGGAGGAGUGGAAGACGUUUGCAGCGGAAUCUCCAGAAUGUUUAGAGCACGUGGCUGCCAGCUCAGGCAGCAGUCAGGCAGAUCUGGAGAAACUGUACAAAAUCCUGGAAGAGAUCCCCCUCGUCAAGUACAUCUGCCUGGACGUGGCCAACGGCUACUCAGAGUACUUUGUAGAGUGUGUCAGGGGUGUCCGAGCUAAGUUCCCCAACCACACCAUCAUGGCUGGGAACGUGGUGACCGGGGAGAUGGUGGAGGAGCUCAUUUUAACCGGAGCUGACAUCAUCAAAGUGGGCAUCGGGCCGGGUUCCGUGUGCACGACGCGCAUGAAGACAGGCGUGGGGUACCCCCAGCUCAGUGCUGUCAUCGAGUGUGCAGACUCCGCCCAUGGGCUCAAGGGACACAUCAUAUCGGAUGGGGGCUGCAGCUGUCCGGGCGACAUAGCCAAAGCAUUCGGCGCCGGGGCAGAUUUCGUGAUGCUGGGGGGGAUGCUGGCCGGUCACGACCAGUGUGCGGGCGACAUCGCCGAGAAGAAUGGCAAGAAGGUGAAGCUGUUCUACGGCAUGAGCUCGGACACGGCCAUGAAAAAAUACGUGGGGGCAGUGGCGGAGUACAGGGCCUCGGAGGGAAAAACGGUGGAGGUGCCCUACAGAGGGGAUGUGGAGAACACUAUCCGGGACGUCCUAGGGGGGCUGCGCUCCACCUGCACCUAUGUGGGGGCCAUCAAGCUGAAAGAGCUAAGCCGCAGGACAACCUUCAUUAGGGUCACCCAGCAGUCCAGCACCAUGUUCUCCUAGCGCCCCCCCCUAACAGACUGGCCCGGCAGACCUUCUGGGUCGGUGCUGCCUCCACCCUGGGGUAUUCUGGGCCGGCUCCUGGUAACAGUGGCACGGAAAGGACUCAACACAUGAACCUUCCAGGGCCAUGCAUAUUUCUAUGAGUAUUAUUAGAUGUUCUUAUCGUUUAUUAAUGUUUAAAGCUGCUAGAGGCAUUCUGAACGUCCUCAUUUAUGUGAUAUAAGAAGCUCUGUCAGAACGGGAGUAAAUAAACAGGUCUUCUGCCCUC